GAUAUAAAAUAAAAUAGUAAAAUAAAAAUAACACCGUAGCUUCUUUGGGUGAGAGUACAAAAUUGUUCUAGGGUUUACUUGCAGCGAAGCAGCACCUCUUGAGAUUCCCUGAGACUCCGAUGAUCAUCGGAGACGCCAGACGGUUGGCUGAGGUGAAGAUAUCGCGAACAACUUGUUAUGAUGGAAUGCCAAUCUCCGAGUACCGAGAUGAACUGGGGAGACAGAGUCUCGAACGCCGUUUUUUCUCUCUAUGAUUCGCUUCCAAAAAAGGGGAAGCCCCAGGGGCGAGAAAUCACUGUUUUGUCUGCUUUCCUCCUUUCUUCUCCUUCCGAUGAUCUCGAAGUCGUUGCUCUAGGGACGGGGACCAAAUGCAUCGGAAAAUCGCUUCUUAGUUCGAAAGGUGACGUCGUCAACGACUCCCAUGCCGAGAUUGUUGCGCGGAGAUCCCUUCUGAGGUUCUUUUAUUCAGAGAUUGCGAGGCUUCAAAGCAAUUGUUGUGAUGGACGAAGAAAUUCAAAAGCGUCAGAUAUUUUUUUUCGCUUGGUUACCCAGGAGGGUUCUAGCAAUUCCAAGUAUGAAAUGAUUCCUGGCUGGCGCAUACAUUUAUACAUUUCUCAGUUGCCAUGUGGCUCAUUGGGCACUGCUUCCUUAUCACGAGACCUCAAAGAGACUUGUUUAGUUGAAGUCAAAAGCUUUCAACAGUUAGAGGAGGAACUUCUAUUUCCCAUUUUGAAUUCUUCUGUAACCGUUCAAAAGAAACCUGGACGCGGUGACGCAACAUUUUCGAUGAGUUGCUUUGAUAAAAUAACCCGUUGGAAUAUUGUGGGAAUCCAAGGUGCCUUGCUUUUUAACAUUCUGCAGCCAGUGUAUAUUUCUUCCUUGACUAUUGGAAAAUCUAAGUAUGCAUUUGACGAAUUUUCUCUGAGAAAUCAUUUAGAAAGGGCUUUUCUUCAUCGUGCAAUUUCUAUAAACCUUAUAGCCCAAAAUACAUUUCAACCGAAGAAGUUUCCUGUUUUUGAGGCUUCUCUUCCACCAAAAGAAUUUCAGCAAUUGGAAAAUGAUGCACCUAAUUUAACAUGCGGGUACUCAAUCUGCUGGAAUAAAUCCGGAUUGCAUGAAGUUAUACUGGGGACAACCGGAAGGAAGCAAGGAACUUCUUCCAAAGGUUCCCUGUUUCCAUCUACCGAAUCUUCUGUGUGCAAGAGAAGACUAUUGGAGGCGUUCAUGUCACUGAAACAUGAAAUAUCAUUUGAAUAUCCUGUGGAGGAAUUUUCUUAUCGUAAACUGAAGCAAAAGGCCGUUGAAUAUCAAUCUGUUCUGAAGGUGUUUAUGGACAGCCCCCUCCUCACUUCUUGGCCUCGAAAACCUCCAGACCUUGAGGAUUUU